CCCCGCGGCGGUGGCGGGGGCAUGGCUGGCAUUGCUCGCUGACACCCUAUCUGCCAGGCCCCCGCCAGUCGCGGGCCCAGAAUAGCAGCGCUGCCCCGCAGUCAGCAUGGAGCGACUCCCCGGCCCCGCUGCGCCCCAGGUGGCGCUGCUGGAUGCUGCUGCCUGCCCUAAGGAGGAAGGGUUCCCAGAGGCACUGUCCCCCAAGGAGGAGGGGGAGGAGGAGGAAGAGGAGGAGGAAGAGGACAGGCGGAGAAGCCCAAGACCCGUCACCUUCACGCUGGGCAAUGAGGUGCUGGGGCUGUCCCCAGAGACCGAGUUUCAGAGUCCCGACGCUGAGGUCUACAUGCACUUCAUGAGGAGCCACUGCUGCUAUGAUGCCAUCCCCACCAGCUGCAAGCUUGUAGUCUUCGACACCUCCCUGGAGAUCAAGAAAGCCUUCGUGGCACUGGUGGCCAACGGGGUGCGUGCUGCCCCGCUCUGGGACAGCAAGACACAGAGCUUUGUGGGGAUGCUCACCAUCACUGACUUCAUCAACAUCCUCCACCGCUACUACCGCUCUCCCCUGGUUCAGAUCUACGAGGUGGAGGAACACAAGAUUGAGACCUGGAGAGAGGUGUACCUGCAGGGGUCCUUCAAGCCACUGGUCUACAUCUCUCCAAGCAAUAGCCUCUUCGACGCUGUCUACUCCCUGAUCAAGCACAAGAUCCAUCGCCUGCCUGUCAUUGAGCCCAUCUCAGGCAAUGUCCUGCACAUCCUGACACACAAGCGCAUCCUCAAGUUCCUCCACAUUUUUGGCUCCACCAUCCCCAAGCCACGCUUCCUGAAGAAAACAGUGCAGGAGCUGUGUGUCGGCACCUUCCGUAAUGUGGCCGUUGUGCCUGAGUCCGCUCCCAUCUAUACCGCCCUGGAAAUCUUCGUGGACCGCCGCGUCUCUGCCCUGCCUGUCGUCAAUGAUGCCGGGCAAGUGGUUGGCCUCUACUCCCGGUUUGAUGUCAUUCAUCUGGCAGCCCAGAAGACCUACAACAACCUGGACAUUAGUGUGCGGGAGGCACUGCGGCAGCGCACUGUCUGCCUGGAGGGGGUCCUCACCUGUUACCCCCACGAAACCAUGGAGGACAUCAUUGACCGCAUCGCCAAGGAGCAGGUCCAUCGCCUGGUUCUGGUGGAUGAGAACCAGUAUCCACGGGGCAUCAUCUCCCUCUCCGACAUUCUCCAGGCCCUUGUGCUCACUCCCGCAGGUAUCGAUGCUCUUAACUCUUAGCCCGCGACGCUCCAUCUUUCUCCACUUGCACCCUCCAUUUCUCUCCACUUCAGGUAGGCGCCGUCCCCCGCCACUCCGCACCUGUCCCCCCCCCUGCUGCUGGGUCACCCACACUUCAUCACUGCACUUUGUCACCUCCCUGCUCAGGCCACCUGGCUCCACCCCAGCCAAAUCAGCCUCAGGGGACAGAGGAGGCUGGGGCUGGGGUCUGGCAGCGCUGGGUGCCCAGGUGGAGACGGCAGGACCUGGAUGCUGCUUAUGCCUGGGGACACAAGGGUCACAGGGGAACACUUCUGGGGUCCUGAUCCCUGGUAUCCAUGAGGAAGGAUGGGGGCACCUGCUACAGAGACACCCCCAAUCCAGGCAGCACGUGGGAUGCAGGUUUUGCAUGCCCCUGGACUUUGGGCUGGAUGAGGGUUUUGGGGUGUGAUGCACCCCAAGACAAAAGCCCUUUUCUGACCUCGCCUCAAAGUCUCCCUCGAGACCUGAGCCCCUUCAGUGCCAUUCCCAGGGGACACAGAGGGGACAGACCCCCACUCGCACACCCCAGACAUGCUGCCCACCACUAGCCACGUGCACAGUGUGGCCAACUCACGGGCCAUGGCUGGCACAGCCCUCCACCCCCGGUGGCCCUGAAACUGCUUGCUCCAGGGAUGGGACUCACUCCCAGGCCAUGCUGGGACCGCGCUGCCCAGCUGCCUGCACCUGGCUCUGCUCGCCCACUGCCUGGUGAGUCCUCGCUGGUGAUGAGUGGGCACGGCGCUGGCACCCACCGUGGCACCUAUUUAGGGGUGAAUUGGGGAGGGGGAAGCUGGCCCCAGUGCCCAGCUGCUUCCCAAAGGUAAUGAUGCUUUUUUGGGGGCUGUGGUGGGGAACAGGCUUGGGACAGCCCCAUGCCCACCAGUUCCCCUAGCAGUGCCCAGUUGCUCCACACAGAAGGAGACAGGGAGUGGUGUGUCUUAACCACACCAAAUAUGAGACCCCACUCGCCCUGCCGUUCCCCAUCACGGUGCCUUUGCUCACUCCAUCCCUGGUGCCCGCAGGGGUGGCUGUGUCAGGAGCUGCAGGGGGCCACCGGGAUGUCCCCCUCCAGACCAGCCCCUGCCCUCCCCCAGGGCCUUGCAUCCCAGUCAGGGAUGGAGGGAAGACCCCGCUGUCUGCCAGGGUGGGUUGGUGGGCUGUGCCGCAGGGCGCCCAGCCCAGCACCAGUGCCCGCCGGGGAGUUAUGGCCUCGCACGCUCUCUCGCCCUGCAGGCAUCGACCGAUCCUCGCUCUGAAGACAGCAGGGAAGUGCUGCCAUCUCAUCUGACUUGGGGGCCUCUUGUGUGGUUCUGGGGUCAUGGAAGGAGGCUCGGGCCCUGCAGGCUCUCCGCAGGGAGGACCUGCCUACCCACCCCAGUCCUGGGGCUCGUCUUGAGUCCAGGGCCAGAUCCUGCCAGCCUCAGAGAGGCAGGGAGCGGGGAAAAGGGGGCCCAGGGGUGCCUCCUGCCAGUAAGCACACGGUGAUGCUCGAUGGGCACCAUGCCGGAGGAGCUAUGCCAUGCCAGCAGCUGGGCACAGGGACCCGCGUGGCCCCGGGGGACUCAGCCACCCCGCUCCCAUCCUGCUGCUGGAUUUGAGCGCUUCGGCUGAGGCUCCCCCCUUAGUGAGCACAGUCCUGCCAGCUGCGCCCGGUGCCCAGUAGCGUAGGCUCAGCUGCACACACAGGCUUGUUUAUUGUAGGGUCACGCGGGGCUGAAGGUCCCUGGCAGAGGGACAGCCUGCGCCAGAGCUGGUGCCAGGACAGGCACUUGCACGGGGACCCUGUGCAUGUUUUGGGGUGGGCGGAGGGUAUUUAUUUAUUUGCUGGUCUGUUCAGCCUUGUUGUAAUAAAGCAGCCUGCUCCAGGAA